AUGGGCUCAUCUGCCUCGAAACCAGCGCGUUCUGCGGCGCAAGCUGCCACUCGCCGCCAAUACCCCAAACAACCGUCCACUCCUUCUCCCGCGACCACCACAGCUCCCCGAUCCAGACCUCCGAGCGCAGCUCAACCACCACCUCCUUCUCAAACUCCUCCGCCAGUGCCGAGACCCGGUAUUCGACCACCCGCACAAGGUCAGGGUCCAGAAUACCAGUCCAAAGAGCAGGCUUCUAUUGAGAAAUCAGCUGUAAUCGACCUCGACGGCCGCGACCCCCACUUCGCCGCAUCCCUCCGCUCCAUCGGCCCGGUGACCCCCUCACCCACCCUCUCAAACUCAAGCACAUUCGCACAAACUCAAUCGCACCUCCAAUCGCAAUCUGCCCCAGGCAACAACCAAUCAGUCUUCCCUACCUCUUCCAACCCCGCCCUCCUCGCCAUCACCGCCCGCCAACGCAUAGCCCGCGAAGCCGAGGCCGAGGCUGAAGCGAUGGGGCAAGGGAAUUUUGCGGGACGGAGGUAUCUUGAUGCCUUGACGAUUCGGCAGGCGUUGCAUAUGAGGGAUAAUCAGGGACUGCCGGGGAGGGAGAUUGAGAGGGUGCUGAGGUUAAAGCAGGGAACUGUGGAGAGGUUAGGUGGGAAGGGGGUUAUGGGGGUUCCCUGA